AUGAUCUAAAUUAAACCAUCUGAAUAUACUCGUCCUUCUAUCUCUAGAUCUUUAAUCAUACAUCAAUAAUAAAAAAACUCUGGAAGUCUAUCUAUUCCAAUUAGAGAUAGCCAAAGAAAAGGAUCAGAAUUAAGAAUUAGAUAGGAUUAGAGUCCAAAAGAAAGAAUCUAAUAUCAAUUUAAUCAGUUGAAAGUAAAGUUAAAUGAUGCUCUAUCAAGAACAACAUCUCCAUAACCUUCAAUUAGGAGUAAUUAAGCAUAGUCAAAUAAAGAAAUAGGAAUAUCUGAGUUAAAAAAGAGAAAAGAAUCUCCUUUCAAAUUAGAAGUCUCAAUUUCAAAUGAUAGUUCAAUAGAAUCUUCAUUUGAUGAAGAAAUGAAUCAAUAAUUCCAAUAAGCAAAAGAAACUCUUGCAAAACUUACAAAUAUGAAUACAAAUUAAGCAUCUCCAUUCAAACGCACUUAAUCACCUAUAAAUAAUAGGCUUAGUUUACCAUUAAUAACUCAUCCAAGAAAAUAAAGUGCUACUGAUAAUGAAGAUGAAAAAAUAAACCUUUAAUUCUUGAAAUCUUUAGAAUAGAAUUAAGACAAUAAGGAUAUAGAUGAAUUUUAUGAUAAUGGAGAAUUAAAUAUUAAUUUUUAGAGUAGAGAUUUAUUGUAGUUUAUAAGAUAUGAAUAAGAAGUUUUAGAAUUAAUUCAUAGAACUGCUAAAUAUUCUGACAUUAAAUAAAUGAAAUAAGAAAUGAUUGACUAAUUGAAUAAAUUUGAAUAUCUUAAAGAAACAGAAAAAAAGAAUUAAGAAGACCAGAAGAAUUAACUAUUAAAAAAAUUAGCUUCAAAACAUUAAUUAUUAAAUACAGAUGAUGCCAAUAAAACAAAUAUGAGUAAUAGAAUUGCAUAUUAAUUUAUUGAUUAAGGAAUAAAAAAAUUAGAAUAUUAAUAUUCAGAUGACUGA